GUCGUGCUUAAGUGACCACUCAGUUUGAUUGAUUGACCAUAUGCCAGAUUCGCGUCCUACUUUGUUUUGUAGACGUAGUGUAAGGGCAAGUCACUCUGGAUACGUAGAGACCAUCAACGCGGACGUUCUUGUCUCGAGUUAUGGAGGUUUCGAGAAUACAAACUGAAAAUGUUGAAGACCUUGCUGUUGCCGUUGAUCUCGGAGGGCAAGAAGUUGGUCAUUGUUCCUGUUAGAAAUGCCUCAGUUAGUGCUGCAAAGAUUGGAGAUAAGUCAGAGGCCAUUUUCAAAAGGGAGAGCAAAUUUGGAGCUCACAACUAUUCUCCACUUGGAGUGGCUAUUAACAGGGGUGAAGGAGUAUUUGUGUGGGAUGUGGAGGGUAAUAAGUUCUUUGACUUCCUGAGUGCGUACAGUGCUGUCAACCAGGGACAUUGCCACCCUAGGAUCAUUAAGGCUCUCACGACGCAGGCCAGCAAGCUGACGCUGACAUCACGGGCGUUCUACAACAACCUCCUGGGAGAGUAUGAGGAGUUUGUAACCAAACUGUUUGGCUAUGACAAAGUGCUUCCCAUGAAUACUGGAGUGGAGGGUGGUGAAACAUCCUGCAAGCUGGCCAGAAAGUGGGCGUACAAAGUGAAGGGUAUUCCCAACUUAAAGGCAAAGAUCCUGUUUGCGGAGGGCAACUUCUGGGGCCGGACCCUGUCUGCAGUCUCCUCCUCCACUGACCCUUCUGCCUAUGCAGACUACGGGCCCUUCAUGCCAGGAUUUGAACUUGUACCCUACAAUAAUAUAGAAGCUCUAGAGGAGAAGCUUAAGGAUCCGCACAUGGCUGCGUUCAUGAUGGAGCCCAUACAGGGUGAGGCUGGAGUAGUGGUCCCUGACGCAGGCUACCUGCGUGCUGUGCGCGACCUCUGCACCAAAUACAAUGUGCUGUGGAUCGCUGACGAAGUGCAGACUGGCCUCGCUAGAACUGGCAAGAGGUUGGCAUGUGAUCAUGAGAAUGUGAGACCCGACAUGGUGGUCCUAGGCAAGGCCCUCUCCGGUGGAGUGCUACCAGUGUCAUGUGUACUGGCUGAUGACCAAGUGAUGCUGACUAUCAAACCAGGAGAGCAUGGCUCCACAUAUGGGGGCAAUCCUCUAGCCUGCGCAGUGGCCAUGGAGGCUCUCAAGGUGUUGGAGGAAGAGAAGCUUGCAGAGAACGCAGAGCGGCUAGGUAAGAUCCUCCGUGCAAGCCUCAACACCCUGCCAAAGGACCGGGUCAAGAUUGUACGCGGGAAAGGACUCCUUAAUGCCAUCGUCAUAGAUAAAAAGUUUGACGCAAGCAAGGUGUGUAAGGCCUUGUUGAAGAACGGUCUGCUUGCCAAGCCAACCCAUGGAGACAUCAUCCGGCUGGCUCCUCCCCUCGUGAUCACAGAGUCACAACUUAACGAGUGUGCAGACAUCAUCAAGCACACCAUCACCUCCAUGUAGACGAUAUAGUAGGCUGUACUAGUCUCACUCAAGGGUGUGAUUGCUGCUCCUUCCAGCUGAUUUCUGAUCUUUAAAAGGAGAAUAUAUUUAUCACUUAAUAUUUAAGGGUGUGAUUUCUCCUCCAUCCAGCUGAUUUCUUGCCUUUAAAUUGAGGAUAUGUUUUAUCUGUAAAUAUACAGGCACGUGAUUGCUCCUCCUUUCACUCUAUCAGUGUCAAACUUUAUAAAUAGCUAUAAACUUUGCUGAAUCUGUAUACAAAUAAAUAGUUUAUUGAAUCGUGUAAGGGGGUAGGGCAUUUUCCUUCCCCGAGGCGUUUUUUUAUUCGCUCCACUGUAACGGGUUUACUGGUGCUGCUCAAACUUGCAUAAUCUCUCGAGGUGUUUGUCAUUUAUAAUGUGUUUGUCAUAUUUUAAUCUCCACAUUUUUCUUAAUUUGUUUUUAGAUUUCAUGUAGAAAUGUAUUUAUUGUGUGCUGUCCGGUGGUUUACAGGGUCAUAUCAAUUAUUUGUUCAUGGCAAUUAAGUCUUUCAAACUAUUAAACAAAUAACGGAAAUUAUUGGUAAUUAUACCCCUUUACAAACUUGCCCCAGGGUAUUCUCUUACAUGUUCUAAUGUUCAUUAUUUAAACUUGCUGGCACUGUUCUUUACAAUAUUUAGUUGUGCAUGUGUGUUUUAUAUCGUGGUACGUUAAACAUAACCUAAGUUUUACAAGUUACAAUCUCUGUAACAUUAUAAUUGUUACAGAGACCAACAAAUAUCCUAUACAAACAUGUAAAUAUGCUUAAAAUGUAUACAUAUUUAUUUGAAAGGAUAUAUUAACAUAUAUUUAUACCCAUCUCCACCUUCCUGGCUCAACAGAUUGUUACUUUCGUAGAUUAGAUCUUAAGUCUUAGAAUUAUGAUGCAUAAUAGAAUGGUCAUGAUGAUGAAUAGCAUAGACAGAUGAAUGCUCGAGUGUAGGUAUUAACUCUUUCAGUGCGGGAACCGAAUUUUGAAGGCCUUUGCAAACAGUUUGGAUCCAGAUGAGACGCCACAGAACGUGGCGUCUCAUCUGGAUCCAAACUGUUUGCUACUCUGAUAGUAUUCUUUGAAAAAAAUUCGAAGAAAAUGCUAAUUUUAGAAAUUCUGCAGAUGACAUUUUAGCAGACGACAAAUUUCCCAGCAUGCAAAGGGUUAAUGUGAUUCCUAGCAAUCUCAGUGCUAUUUAAGUCUUGAGGAUUGUGCAAUGUUUCCAUGCAAGUCAUUGCCUUUAUAAUUGGAUCUUAUUUUAUUGUUAUUUAUAUCAGAGCAUUUAAAUAUUUAAAAUAUGACUCAAGUAUUUGUUGUAAGCAUUUAUAGUAUAUGUUUUUAAUAACCAUGUGUGCAACAUUCACAAGGUUAGCUUGUGGAUCUGCCUUUUGUCCGUCCUGGGUCAAUCAUGGGCUCUGGAACUUGCUUUGCUUAGGGGUGUUGGUUGUAAAUGUUUUAUAAAAAAUCUUCAAUGAAAUCAUGAAACAAACAACUUGAUAUAUGGUUUAUAACAUCAGAUUAUGUUCCUUUGCAAAGAUUUGUCAAGUAAUGCACCGGAGUUUUUAACUGGCCAUGGCCCAUUACUCAGGUGAGCAAUCUUGGGCCAUAUUUGACCUCUUGUUAACUUUUUGUGUGCAUGUGUAUAUUAAAUAUUUAUCUUAAAUCAGU